AUGUCAGAACACGAGUCAGACGUUGUGUUGUUUCAUUCAACAAACCCAAAUAUACAAACGAAAAUUUAUCGAACAAAAAUUUUCUUAAAACUUUUAUCUAAUGGUCAUAUAUUUGUUGAUUGGAGUGAUUUACCAAAACAUAAAAAUACUCGACAAUGUGUUAUACAUUAUAAAAGUUUAAAUAAUAAUCGAAGUCAUGCUAUACGUGUAUCACGUCAAAAGCGAAAUGUUAUUUUAGAAAAAAUUGAAUCAGGUCAUUUAUAUGAAAUACAUGUAUGUACUGUUGAUGAAUCAAAUCGAAUAAUAGCUUCGAGUGAACGUGCACAAAUACAAACUAUAAUGUCGAACGAAGCACCAACACUUCGUGUGACUAAAUCAACACCGGAUUUUAUUAUGCUUGAAUGGGAAAAAUCUAAUGAUGUUAAAUUAUCUGAUAUUGAAUUAUAUAAAUUAAUAAUAAAUGGUAACUCUAAAGCUAUGUUACCAUCAACAGAAAAUAAAUUUGUUAUUAAUGAUGGUAAAUUUGGGAAACGAUAUGUUUUUCGAUUAGAAAUGACUCAAAAAGAUCAGAAAAUAAUUUCAUCACUUCCAGUUAAUGUUGAUUGGCCAGGAGUGACCAUGCCUAAACUUCAUGCUUUUGUAAAUGGUACUGAAGAAUUAAUCAUUUGUUGGGGAGAUUCAAGAUCGAUCAAUGAUGGAAAUAUUGAAUCUUAUAUGCUUCAUUUAUAUGAUUCUGAAGGUCGUUUAUUAAAUCAGUUUGGUCCAAAUGCUGCUGAAUGUCGUCAAGUAUGGAUAAAAGAUAUGAUAAAAGGUGUUUAUUUUUAUGUUCUGGAAAUAAAACUUGCCAAUUCAAAUAAAUCUAUUUAUUCAAAACCUAUGAAAAUUGAAUGUGGAAGAGAAUCUAGUAUACCAAUAUUAACAUGUGAUUAUAGUGAUGCAAAUAAUCAAAAACGAUUAGUUAAUAUGGCUUAUCAUUUAAUUAAUAUUCGAGAUAAUAUGAAAUCAAAACGUUUGUUUGAAAAAUGUGAAAAUCAACUUAAACAUAUACUUUCAACUUUAAAUGAUUUAACAGAUUCUGUUCGUCUUAACUUGACUAUUGAAUUAAAAUCAAAUGAUAAUAUUCCAAGAAAAUAUUAUUUAAUUAUUGAUGGUCAAGAAAAUCCAGCACCUAUGCCUUGUCUUGUCAAAGAUUUUCCAUUAGAAUUACCUCGACGUGAUAAACCUUAUGCAUUAGCUGUUUCGGUAACACCAGCUUUAUAUGGAACGAAAUCAAACACAGUUCUUGUUGAAGCAUCUGAUCAUUUUUCAUUCUUUUGUGCUCAUUUUCAUCAACAACGAUCUAUUGAAAGUUGUUCAUAUAUGCAAACGUUAUCAUAUGAAAAACAAUUAGCACGAUCAAUGCAUCAAGGUCUUAUAAAAUCUCCAAAAAUGAUGACCAAUAUUCAAGUUUAUGAUUUAAACGAAAAUAAAAUAGUUUCUUUACCAUUAUUAGGCAACGUACAUCGAUUAACGAUAAUUUUGUUUUAUAUUAAUGGAUGUAUACCAUCAAAAAUGCAUCUUAAUUAUUUUUCUACUUAUGCUUCAUCUCAUUGUACAAAGUAUAAUUUUAUAUCAAUUAAUUGUAAUCAAAAUGAUAUUGAUGAUUUAAAAAAUUUCACUGAAAAUUUAACAGAUAUUCAAUGUUAUACUGAUUUUUCAUCAGAAGAUUUUAAAUAUGAACAAAAAGAAAAUAAAACAUCAUUGCAUGAAUUAUUAUCAAUUGAUGGUGUACCUUUAUAUUUCGUCUUAGAUUUUUCAGGUCAUGUUGUUUGGAAAGGACGUUUAUGUAUUUCAAAUCAAUUAAAAUAUGAUUUAGCAAUGGAUCAUAUAAUUGCUCGAGUUAAUCAAUUACAAUGUUCGACAGAAAAUUGUGAACUUUGUUAUUAUAGUUCAAUGAAUGAUACUUGUAUUGAUUCAGAAUUGAAUAAUACAGCGAGAAAUCUUCAAUUAAUUAUACAACAACGAUUAGAACAAUAUGGAAAUAAACAACUAGAAAAAGAAAAACAUAAUCGAACACGCCAAAUUGUAUCAAUGAAACAAAAAUCGACGGAAAUCAAUGAUAAUGAAUAUUAUUCGAUUAUUUAA